AUUUUUUCGUAAUUUUGCUAUAUCUCAGGGGAGUGACCGUAAUUUGCCCAAAGAAGAAAUAAUUGGGCUGUUUGAUUGGCUGGCAAGUUGACUUGUACUUAGAAAAAUCAGUUACAUGAGCUGCACCAGUUGUUAUUUAAGACAAGCUACGUAAAGCAAACAAAGAAAUAUCCACAAGUGAGCUCGAUAAACUUACAUUACAUAGAUAGAUAUGGCGGCCGAGACGACAAUAAUGUUUGCGGUGAAGAACAUAGACGAUUUGCUCAUCGAGCAGGCGGGUUUCCUACAAGGCGUCGAGGAUCAGGUCAAGCGUCUGAAAGACGAGCUCCAACGGUUGCAGCGUUUCGUGAAAGACGCUGCACAAAAGCAAGGCCGCGACAAGAGGAUCUUUAAAUGGAUAUCCGAUGUUAGAGACGCUGCACAAGAUGCCGAUUCCAUCGCGGAUGCAUUCGUUCUCAAAGUUGAAGCAGCGGGAAGGAGCAUCGGCGGUUCGUCAGGGAAGUUGCUCCACUUGCCGAAGCAUUCGUACAAACUGAUCGGAAAACAGAUCGAGGCGAUCAGAGACAAGCUCAGGGGCAUCGAAAAAAGCCGCAAGAAGUGCGGAAUUGUCGAUCUUGGUGAAGGAAUGGAGUACUAUGUAUCUUGGCGAAGCAAGUUUUCUCCUCGGCAAAUGAACAAACAGUUGGUGGGCAUGGAUGAAAACGUGGAGUUUUUCCUCGAGCAUGUGGUUCUGGAUGACAGUGAUGAAGGUCUUUCGAUUGCGACCGUCGUUGGACCCGGCGGCGUCGGAAAGUCGACACUUGCCCGGAGAAUAUACGACGGCGCAGUUGCGGCGGGGCGAUUUGACCGGUGUGUUUGGUUAGCGGUUUCCGGCGAGUACACACCGAAAGACGUGAUCAAGGAGGUGAUGCUGCAGCUGUUGCACCCGCAGCAUGACAAGAUGAAGGAGGCGGAGAGUUUGGAAGAACUGCCGUUGUCGGAAAUCCAGGGACUGCUUCACCGGAGUUUGCGCGACGCGCGGCUUUUCUUGGUUAUCGACGAUGUGGGGCAAGAUGCACAGUGGGAAGCUAUUGCUAGUGUUUUCACCAUUGAAGAUGAAGGAAGUAGAUUGUUGCUAACAAGUCGAAACGAGGACAUUGCGAAGGAUGCUGGCAGCUAUGUUCACAAGAUGAGUACUUUAGACCCCAAUAAGAGCUGGGAAUUGUUUACGAACAAUAUAUUCAUCGACAACGUCGAUGGCAAGUUUCCAGAAGAUUUGGAGAUUAUCGGAAAAGAAAUCUUGAAAAAAUGCGACGGUCUACCGUUAGCAAUCGACUUGGUGGUGGGCCUACUAGGGGACGAGAAUCCGUCCAAGAGUAAAUGGGACGAGGUUUUGAACGAUAUAAACACUCUUUCGCAUAGUAGUUCCGGAAGUAGUACUAUUUUAUCGACAAUCUUGGAAUUAAGUUAUCGCGACUUGCCCCCUCAACUGAAGUCGUGCUUUCUAUGCCUAGGCUUCUUUAAGGAACGCGUUCCUAUUCGUGCAGAAAAGUUGGUGCAGGUGUGGAUCGCGCAAGGCUUAGUGGUCCCACUUGAAGGAGGAGGAGAAAAAGAAACGAAAGAGGAGAUAGGUAUGUGUUAUUUAAACGAGCUUAUCAAUCGAAACAUGGUACAGGUCAAGGAUCUGAGUACAGACGGUCGAGUUAAAAACUGCUGCAUUCAUGAUCUUGUCCGCGAGCUAUCCGUGACAAGGGCAAAGACGGAAAUAAGCUUCGAGAUCCAAAGAGAGGACGAAAAAUCUCGAACAUCGGAUAAGAAGCCUCGUCAUCUUGCUAUACACGGUUACACCUCCGGGGAUCAACACGAACAUGUUCAUUCUCUUUUCUUCCAUGGAGUUAUAAGCAACUUCCUCGACGAUUUAAAGAGUUUCGAACUGCUUAAGAUACUCGACUUUGAAGAUCUUCCUAUAGAGAAGAUACCGGAAACAAUCGGUUUAUUGACUCGGUUGAGAUAUUUGGGAUUAAGAAACACGAGGAUCGAGAGUCUCCCGGAAUCAAUGGGGAGACUCAAGAAUCUUGAGGUUCUUGAUAUAACAAAAGUCGACCAAGUUGAAAUGGAUGAUGUCAUAUGGGAAAUGGAGAGCCUGCGUCAUUUAUACGGCGGGGUGAUUUACUCGCAGUAUCUUCUGAAAACGCACACCCUGAAGAAUAUCCAGACACUCGGCUACAUUUACGUCGAAAAUUUGAUACCCGCGCACCUCAUGGAGAUGAGCAAUCUUCGUAAAUUGAGCUUGUUGAUUACCGUCAGUGUAGACUUCGACGGAAGAAAGUUCUACCCCUUCUUGGCAAUGCUGGAGAAUCUCGCGUGGCUAGAGAUAAAAUGGGGUCCUUUUGCUAAGGUACAAUUGUCGGAGUUGAAGGGGCUGGAUGUUCUGCACCGUGUCACCCGACUUAAACUGGAGGGUAUUAUAGCCAAUUUACCCGACACGUGUGAGUUUCCUCCGAAUCUUUCGUACUUGACCUUGUUAAGGACUUGUUACGAUAAAGAUCCGAUGCCGGUGCUGGAGAAGCUGCCGAAGUUGGUGUACCUGAAAAUGGACCGUGCGUAUAGUAGCAGUGACGAUAUGGUGAUAUCGGAAGAAGGUUUCCCCGCGCUCGAAAUCCUUUGUCUCUUUAGGAUGGUGACUCUUGAUAACAUACUUAUUCUACAAGGCGCGAUGCCUAAGCUCAAAGACUUGCGGAUUAUCGGGUGCGGCAAAAAUUUGGAGACUAACCUUUGGGGCUGAGAUCGAUCGCUACUGUUCUCCUGAGGUACACAAGUUGGAAAGUCUCCGCAAUUUGUUAUUAUUUUUUUUUUUGUGUGUGUGUAAUGUGUGUAUGUAUGUAUGUAUGUUUGCUAUUUGCAUUAGUGAAUAAACCCUUAAUGCAUGUUUUUGGGAUACUUCUCUCAUUAACCUCCAUGUAAGCAUUAAUUGGGUGUGAAAAUAAAUUUC